AUGUCUCUGAUGACACAAGACCCCGGCGAGCUCUCUCUGAGUAAGCUCCUCUCAACUCUCAACACAACCCUUCACUCAACAACUUACGUCUUCGCCACCUUCACCGAAACCUCAAAACUACCACCAUUUUCCGAGACUCAAAUGCUCUUUAAAGAAUCCGAGGGUGUAACUGCAAUUGUCAGCAAAGAAUAUGCAGAAGUUCACAACAUCGAGCAUUUCUUCCCUUGCAAAAUGAUCAGCCUAAACGUCACCUCCAGUUUGGAAGCUGUGGGGUUCAUGGCUGUCGUCGCGACGAAGCUGGCAGCGAAGGGUAUUGGAUGUAACCCUGUCAGUGGUUUUUACCAUGAUCACAUCUUUGUGCCGCUUGGACGAGAGAAUGAGUCUGUGGAAGUGAUUGCGAAAAUAGCAGCGGAGAGCAAGGAGAAAACGACAGAGGCAUAA